AUGGAUUCCUCCUCCCAACGCUUUCCACCACCAACACUCGCCACUGCCAAUCUGCCUCUCUUGGCCCCACCUACCAAGAAUGCAUGUGGUAGGCCCUGCGGCUCAAAGAACAAGCCUAAGUCUACCUCCCUCUCAGGUCAACCAGUUAAGCCCUCUGUGAAGCUUGUCACCAUCAACAUUGUUCCACGUAUGGAUGUCAUGGAGACCAUCCUUGACGUUGCUCGUCGUGACCAUGUUAGCGUCGUCAUUCUCAAUGCAUUUGGCACGAUAAAAAAUGCGACUGUUUGUGACUCACCACAAGGUGUCCCUACCUUGCUCAUUGGACCCUUCUCCAUGCUCUCCUUCACUGGCUACUACUUAUACAAUAACCAGUAUGCCCUUCACCCAGGAGCCACCCCUCCCCCUCUGUUUUCCUUUGGGAUCAAACUAUGCAUAUCUCAUGGGCAGGUCUUCAACGGACUUAUUGGCGGCAGCGUCAUUGCCGGUGAUAAUGUCAGCCUCAUGGUCUCCACCUUCAGAGAACCAAAUAUUAGCAAAUUUAUUCCCGAAGGAAAAGAAGGGAACAACAAUGACAACAAUGCAUAA